AUUAAAAUAUUAUCAGGUUGUUAUUUUUUUGUAAAUAAAAAUUUAAAUAAAUAACAAUGGAAAUGUUACAUAUUCUUAUAGACCAACAAAUAAUUAAAAGUACGUGCUUGUUAUGUUUUAAACAUUGUGAAAACAUGAUAGGUUUACACGAAAGUAUAGAAAUUCAUGACGAAUAUCUAAAUUUAAAUUUAACUUUACGAAAUAUGAUGGAAAAGUUGUUUCCGACACACGACCUACUCCUACCACAAGCUUGUGAAACUUGUUUCAAUUUGAUCAUCAAGAUAUUUACAUUAUUAGAACGACAGUGUUUCAAAUCUGAAAUAAUCAAUCAAUUAGUUGAUAACAUCAAUGAGGAAAUAGACAAAAAAGAAAACGAAAGAGUGAACAAGAAAUAUAAAAUAAAAGUAAAUAUUCCAACUUUUGAAAGUUUAAUGGAAGAACCUAAGAAGGAAUUAAGUUCUUUGCAAUGCAGCGAAUGUGAUAUGAAAUUCAAUUCUAAAGUGCUACUACAAAGACAUUUUAAAAUGACCCAUAAGAACACUAAUAAAGCAAACAUCUGUGAUAUAUGUGGGAAAGUAUUUAAUAGAAGUUCAGCUUUAAAAGCUCAUCUAAACUGCCAUAAAGUAAAGCAAUGUCCAUAUUGCUCUAAAAUUCUCAAAUCUCAUUCCCAUUACAAAUUACAUUUAAAAAACCAUAGCACUCUAACUAAACGAAAGAGACUGAUCAAAUACUACACCUGUGACAGCUGCGACUAUAGAAGUUUGAAUAAAAACACAUUAGAAGCUCACAUAAAUAAAAUUCAUUUAAACAUAAGACCUUACAUUUGUGAUAUUUGCCAAAAAGGUUUUUAUAAAAAGAGCCAUUUGACUCAGCAUUUUCUUACUCAUGAAAAAGUUAAAGAUAAAACUUGUGAGAUCUGUGGCGAUACAUUUUUGAAUGAGAAGACCCUUAUGGAACAUUUAAUGAUACAUUCCGGCCAAAAGCCUUUUAAGUGUGAUGUUUGUGGAGCUGAGUUUAUUACCUCAGGCCGGAGACUUGAACAUAUGAAACGAAAGCAUUUAGAAAAGACUGAGUGUUGUCUAGUCUGUAAUAAAAAGUUUGGCCUAAAAAAGGAUUUAAAUGCUCAUUUAAAACAUGUUCACGGUGCUGAAAAUUAUGUACUUAAGUUAAAAGAUAAUCAAACUGAAUUGCAAGUUAUAAGGUUGAUAAAAUAAUCAUAAUUAUUGUUUUAAUAAUAACUAUCGUGAGACAAUACUAAAUA